AUGCCGUCACCUCUGACGGACCUCCCCGUCCACCUCCUGGCCGAGAUCUUCCUCCGGCUGCCGGACCCGACUGACCUCGCCUGCGCCUCCGCGGCCUGCGUCACCUUCCGCCGGCUCGCCACCGACGGCUCCUUCCUCCGCGCCUUCCGUGGCCUCCACGCCCCGCUCCACCUCGCGCUCGUCAACCUCGGCGGGUUCCACCCAGCCCUCCCGCCUCACCCCUCCGCGCCCACCGCCCGCGCGCUCGCCCUCGUUGCCGACUUCAAGUUCUCCUUCCUCCCCUCCCACCGCCAAUGGAUCGUGUGGGACGUCUGCGACGGCCGCGUCCUCCUCUCCCGCAAGAUCACAGAAGACGGGCAGCCCCGAGUCUUCCCGGAGCUCGCGGUGUGCGACCCCUUGCACCGGCGGUAUGUCCUGCUUCCCCCGGUACCUGACGACCUAGCCGCUUCGGUGGAGCACCGGCUCCCCCAUCCUUUCCUCGCUCCCCUCGGCGAGGAGGAGGAGGCGGCGCCCACGGAAGAGACGGCAUUCAGGGUGAUCUGUUUGGCACUUGGCAAAACUAAGCUGGCAGCCUUCGCCUUCUCUUCAAGCACGGGACAAUGGCGAGAUGCUGCGUCCAAGGAUUUGAGUGAUUUGGGCCUUGGCAUGCGUGACUCAGACAUGAUUUCAUGGAUGAACCCUUUUUACCUCAGGCGCCAUUAUGCUUAUGGCUGCUUCUACUGGGAUUUUCUCGUGGUCAAGCGGAACCUGUUGCUCGUGCUUGACAUCAGGAGGAUGGAGCUCUCCAUUGCAGAAGUCCCACCCGGAGGAUGGUAUAGGGAAGGUGUAGCCAUCGUUGAGGCAGGGGAAGGCAGGCUUGGGAUGUUUGGUCUCCGUGGUGAACAUGAAACUGCAUCUGAUCUCAGAUAUGCCAUUGUGCGAAACAGAGGUGAGAGUCCCAACCAGUGGCUGAUGAAGAAGACAAUCUCACUAGAUUCUGGGUACCACUAUUUUAUCAAAGCUGUAACAGAGAGGUGUUUGCUGUUGAUGAGAACAGAAUCCCUGCCAGGUUCACCUAUAGAGAAGCCACUCCUUGAGUAUUUCACAAUGGACAUCGAGACAUUGCAGCUUCAGAGGCUUUGUGCGAAACAAUUCAAGCUUAGGCUGCCCCCGUCAAGCAUAUAUGCCUACUUUUUUCAAACCGGGAUAUAUACCAACUUUCCACCAUCGUUGUUACCUCCAUGGACAGUAUGA